UCCCGCGGGUCCUUAAAAAGUCUUAAAAGCAUUGAAUUUAUGAAUUUGGAAAUAAUACCUUAAAAAGACUUGAAAAAGUCUUGAAUUUUGAUACCUGGGUCUUAAAUUUGUGCAGUAUGUAACUUCUCCGUAUAUCGCAUUCUUUUAAAAAGUUUAAUUUGUCAACCACUAUUACUUUGAUUAAAUAACAGCCUAAAUAAAGAGUGGCGGAACCAAUAAUUGAGAACGAACGCUGCCCCGGGUCGGAAGACGUCACUUUGCUACAGCAUCAUAGCAGCACAGACCAGAGAUAGACAGACCAAGAUACAUUCUGUGGUUAUGGGGAAAUGCAAAUUUAAUGAAGCGUGGCGAGACAAACGAGCAUUUCACUGGGUAAAACCUGUGGAAAACAACGUAUUCGAAGCUUUUUGCACAGUAUGCAAAAAAAAAAUCCAGCUUGGUACCAUGGGCGUGAAGGCUCUAGAGUCUCAUGCUAAAUCAGCCAAGCACAUCAGUUCCAUGAAGGUGAAGGAUCAAACUCCCUCCGUCGCCGGGGUGUUUCAGCCUGCUAAUGUUAGCCAGCUAGCUGAUAAUGUGUCUGAAGUAGCAGGUAACGUGAACCAGCCAGCUGCUAACGUUACUGCUACAGCCCUUCCAGCUACUAGCGCAACGCCCGUUAGUGUGGAUCUGCGCACAGCCUUUGGGUCCACACCAACAAUGAAAGCAGAGGUGUUGUGGACUCUCAACACAGUCGCCAAACAUCAGUCCUACAAUUCAAAUGAGAACGUUUCCGAUCUUUUCAAAUUUAUGUUCCCGGAUUCAGACAUAGCUACCACUUUCACGUGUGGUCCCGACAAAACGGCGUACAUAGCCAAAUUCGGUUUAGCGGUGUUCAUCAAAGAGGAACUGGUGUCCAAAGUCAACAAAUCGCCGUUCGUUCUGAUGUUCGAUGAGAGCCUCAACGAGACUACAAAAAAUAAACAGCUGGAUGUGCAUGUCCGCUUCUGGGACGAGGGACAGGUUCAGUCCAGAUAUUUGGGCUCCCGGUUUAUGGGACAUUCCACUGCACAAGACCUGCUGUCACAUCUCAAAGAAUGUAUGGACAAACUGAACCUCAAGGACUUGGUGUCCAUUUCAAUGGAUGGGCCUAGUGUUAACUGGAAACUGUUCGAACUUUUCCAGAAAGAUCAAGCUGAGCAGUACGGAGGUCUUCAGCUCAUUUGUGUGGGGAGCUGUGGCCUACACACGCUACACAAUGCUUUCAAGUGUGGGUUCACUGCAUGGCUGCUGGACAAGUUGCUGAGAGCAAUGCACAUAUUGUUUAACAAUGUGCCUGCCAGGAGAGAGGAUUACGUCACCGUAACCAAGUCCAGUGUGUUCCCCCUUUCUUUCUGUGCCCAUCGUUGGGUAGAAAACCUUCCGGUUGUGGAGAGAGCCCUGGUAGUCUGGCCAUCACUUCUUCUGUACAUGGAAGCUGUUAAAACAAAAAAACUCCCUAACCCUGGAACAGGAUCUUAUGACACAGUUGCAGCAGCCAUAAAGGAUCCACUCAUUCUGGCCAAAUUUCACUUCUACGCAGCACUUGCCAGGACCUUCACGCCCUUCCUAACAAAAUAUCAAACAGACGAGCCGGUGCUCCCAUUCCUCUCCAAGGACCUGACCGAAUUGAUGAUAAGUCUACUCAGACGCUUCAUAAAGAGAGAAGUUCUCAACGAUAUCACUGCCCUGCAGCUGACCAAACUGGAUGUCACAGACAAGACCAUCUGGCUCAGCCCACAAAACAUCAGCAUUGGUCUAGGGGAUGUCAUACUGCAGCAGUUUGACAGUCUCCUGUCCUUGGAGAGCCGGAGUGAGGACUUCCUCUACUUUGCUCCCAUGCAGAAGAGGCUGGACAUCUUCCUGAGCAGUGCCAUGGAGCCUUAUCCAGAGCUGUGGGCCUUCUGCAAGAAGCUGCUCAUCCUCUCCCACGGCCAAGCUACUGUUGAACGUGGAUUCUCCAUCAAUAAAGAGGUGGAGUCAGAUAAUUUGCAUGAGGACACUGUGGUCACACGGAGGCUGGUGUGUGACUACAUUAUACAACAUGGAGGUGUUACCAAGGUUCCACUCAGUAAACCACUACUGACAAGUGUAGCAAGAGCAAGGACAAGGUAUCGUAUCCACCUUGAGAACGAAAGAAAGAAGAGGGAGGCAAAAGACCAGGCUCUCAAGAGGAAGGAGGCAGAGGACUGUCUGCAGGAGCUGAAGGUGAAGAGGAUACGCGUAAAGGAGGUAUCUGAGGGUCUGGCUAGGGAUGCGGACAGGCUGGCUGAGCAGGCUGAAGCAAAGGCAGGGAGCAAAAUGGCUGACCUGAUCUCCAGGUCCAACCUCCUGCGGAGAGGCCAUAAGGAGAAGUUGGCAGAACUGGCUCUCCUUGAUAAAGAGAUCGCUGCUAAAAGUGAAGAGCUUAGGAGUUGACUUUGAUCUUUAUUUUAUUUAUUGUUGAGUUGAUUUUCUUUGUUUGUUGUUCUGGAGUCUCUCUACUCCCCAUAUUCCCAGCAUGGAAUAAGCUAGCUAAUAAAUAGAUUUGUCACACCUC